GUAGAUGUUUCUCUGCGUGGUAGCUGCAGUCCUCAAAAGUGCAGCGCAAGACUACCUGAGAACAUUUCGGGACGUUUCGCAUCAAGUAACUGGAAUAUUUGCAGCUCAAAAUGUAGAUCAUAUUUAAAAGCUUUUACCGAUAUUGUAAGAAUACGUUUAUUAACGGAGGUUACUCAUAAAGCGUUGCUGCGUAUAACUUCUUCGAUAAAAAUGAGUUGGUGUAAGAAUUACCCGAUGGGGAUUAUUCAGACUUGGUUGGCACUGUUGGUCCAUGUUCAAUGCAGCGUGGCUUUCUCUGUUGCUGGGCACGAGAACACAUGCGAGGCGAACGGGAGCGUUUACUACGUGGGGGAAUGGUACUUCUUGGAUUCAGACCACUGCACCCAGUGUGAAUGCACGGCAGAUGGUUCGGCUUGUGCUAGAACCGAGUGCACGUCCCUACCUUCAGCCUGCAUCCAUGUCAGCCACUACCCAACUGACUGUUGCCCAAGGUGCGAGAAGAUCGGCUGCGAGUACCGUGGUGAGGUGUACGAUUUGGGUGAACAGUUCCAGCCCUCGGAGUGUGAGCAGUGCACGUGUGAGGACGAUGGCAUUGCCCGGUGCCUUGUGGCGGAUUGUGCCCCCCCACCUUGCGUCAACCCCGUUUACCAGAAGGGAAAGUGCUGCCCUGAGUGUAAGGAUGGUCCAAACUGCUACGUGGAUUCCUCUAGGACCCAGGUGAUCCCCGGGGGCGAACCAGUGUGGGUAAACUCCUGUACCAAGUGUCGAUGCCAUGAUGGCCAGGAUGCUGGGUAUUGGGAGGGCAACCGGCUGGCUACCUGUACCCGCGUGAGGAGCUGCCAAACGGAGGAGGCCCUAAAACGACAAGGGACUGAUUAAUUACAUCAUGGAGGUCUCCCUUAACUGAAACGAGGCUCGUCAGUAGAGCUUAUUGUGUGUAGCAGACAUCUGUUGAGUUAGGUUACGGUGGUAGUAGUGCUCAUUAUUAUUGAUUAGUUGUACUGUGUGUAUUCUUCUCAAACUAACAAUAUUGAUUGAAAAAAUGAACCAAAAGUCAUGGGGCUAGUCCUGCUCAUUAAAACAAUGACAUGUUUUCAAGCAAUUAGAUUAGGUAUACAGUAAUGAAUACUACCUAAAACAAACAUGCUAACCCAUUAAGACCGUUGUUUCAGAGCUUGUUUCUAUGUAAACCUUAUAUACUUUUAACGUAGUUAAAAAGGUAUAUGCUGGUUUUGUGGAUAUUUCAGCAUCCACAUCCAUCAGUGGAUACAUCUUCUUGUGGUGCUGUACAAGUUACAGUAUAUUCCUUGUUUUCAGUAAAUUACUUAGGAAGCAAUAUGUAUAUCAUGUAGAACAUGAUACUUUACUAUAGUUAGCAGUGUACUUAACUACAGUAUACGCUGUGGAAAGCUUACGACAGUUAUCAAUGACACAAAUAGUUUGUGACUAUAUACCUUUAUAUUUGCUGAUCUGUAGAACUGAAUUUGUACCUUUCUACCAUGUCUACAUAUGUGAUCCAUUCAGAUAAAGCUGUGAGUUUUAUAAAAAAAAAGUCUGGGUGUGACAGGGAUACGUAUGUAUUAAAAUGGUAUUUGUAUAAAAGUA